CAUACCAUCAAUAAUGUUUUUUCUGAUUGUUGAUUUGGAAUUUUCCUGAGAAAAGCCUUUAAAUUGGCCGCAAACAAGGUGCUCGCCAUGAAGCUGCCGGUGAUUUGUCGCACCUGCGACUCCACGGACACCGACAACCUGCUGAAGCUGGCCACGCCCUCGAAAAAGUAUCCGGACAAGCUGCUCUCCGAGAUUCUCUGCGAGCUGACCGAAAUCAAUCUGGAUGCCAGUGGAAGCCAGAAGCUGCCGCAGUGCCUGUGCAGUGGAUGCACCAAGAAGCUAAUGGGCGCCUAUUGCUAUGUGAAGCAGGCGCUGGCCGCCAACGAAUUGCUGAUGAAGCACCUGAGGAACGGAGGAGCUGCUCCCUCGACCACCGACUGCCUGCAGGAGGCGCCCAUGGAACUGUGUGCCGAGCAGCAUGUGGAGGUCAAGCUGGAGACGGAGGACGAGGAAGAGGACAUCACUUGCUCGGAGCUUCCGGAACCGGAUGAAAUGGAUGUGGAGAGCAAGAAGUCCGUGGAUCCGCUGACCAUGAUUGAGACGGUGAAGCUGGAAACGGAAGUGAGGAGCGUGCAGAAGCCGUCGGAAGAUGAGGCCGCUUCGGAAUUUGAUGACGAAGACUCCCUGGACGACCUGCCGCUGGACAAGCGCAUUCAACAGUGGAAAACAGGGAGGAAGUCCUCCGUAUUCAAAUGCCAGGACUGCCCGAGGAGCUUUAAACGUGUAGAGUUCCUGAAACGUCAUGAAAUACGCGUACACAAGCAGGAUACCCGCUCCUUCGCCUGCUCCCUGUGCAUCCGAAAGUUCAGCCGCAGCGAGGCUUUGGAAGCGCACUUGAAGGUCCAUCGAAACUCCAAGCGAUCGGCCAACAUAAGCGAGCACAAGAAGGCCAAGGCGGUGGAUCUGAAUCUCUGCAAGCCGCACGGCUACAAGCUAAUCGAGUGCAUGAUCUGCCAGAGUCAGUACAACAAGAUAGCCGAUCUGCGGCGGCACUUGGAGGAGCAUCCUGAGAUAGUCAGCCUGUGCGGUCGCCCAAAUGUGGAGCCCCAUGAGUUGGCGGAGCUGUUUUACCCCGACUCCAAGGACCUAAGUGAGGAUCAGUUGAUUAGCCUGAUUCGCAAGGAUCUGGCGGCGGGAAUCUAUCAGCGUUUCUACUCGAUAACCAACCAGAGUGGCUACGAAAUGGACCUGGACAGCUCGGAGACGGACAGCGAACUGGACGGCGAUCCGGAGGAUCAGCAGAAGAGGCGAAAGAAGUGGCGCAAGGCGAGCUACAGCUGCGAACUGUGCCAGCAGAAGUUCCCGAGAAAAUAUCAGCUUUACGACCACCAGCGACAGACGCACAGUUGGUCAGAGGCGCCCCAUGUCUGCGGGCGUUGCGAUGGACGCUUUGUGAGUCUGCAGCUGCUGCGGCACCACAACGAGUCGCAGUGCCGGAAUGCACAGAAACGUUUCCUAUGCCACAAAUGCCCGCUUCGCUUCCGUUGGAAGCACAACCUGAAAACACACUUCCGCGAGCACAGAAUUACAAAUCAGACCUUCGAGUGUCCCGAAUGCAAGAGGGUUUUCGACAAGAAGAAAUCCCUCACCGUUCACCUGCUCAGCGUGCAUGCCGAGGAAUCGAAGCUGAUACCCUGCCAGUGGUGCAGUCGAAAGUUCUACCGCCAUGACUACCUGGUGAAGCACCUGAAGCGGCAUGGUCUCAAGGAGCAGGACAUUCCACUGGCCGAAACCCUAAUUGCGGCCACCUCGCGACCGAACGGAGCGAAGCGCAUCACCUGUCGCAUGUGCAACCUGCAUUUCGAGCGUAUCGUCGAUCUGCGGGCCCACAUUCAGCUGGAACUGAAGCUUUCCUUGUCGCUGCACCAGAGCUACGAUUCCCUGCACAAUUACUCCAUAACAAAUGAGUCUGGGUUUGAGUUGCAGCUGGAGGAUUCGGAGACGGAGGACGAGAUGCCAUCAAGCGGUAACAGUCGACCCGUUUAUAUCUGCGAACUGUGCAGUGUACAGUGCAAGCGGAAGUUCGAAAUGAUCCAGCAUCAGCGGACGAUGCAUCGUUUUGAUAAAAUGCCACACGAGUGCGAUGACUGCAUUUUCAAGUGUGUCUGCAAGAGCAUCAUGGAUCACCACCGGCUGGGCCAGUGUAGCAGCACAGAAAAGAAGCAUCCUUGCGACAAGUGCUCCUACAAGUUCAUGUGGCCCGAGAAUCUGGAGCAACACGUUAUUCUGCAGCACGGGAAAUCCUCAGGGGUCAAGCGAAUUUCCGAUGGCGGCGAACUGGACAAGGAUGCCGCCGAGGACGGGGUGCCGCUGCUGCAGUGUCCGCAUUGCGAUCGCACCUACCAGAUGAAGUCGCGCUUGAACAACCACAUCCGUGACGUCCACGUUAAUGGCGACCGCAAGCGCAAGGAGGCCAUCAAGCGCUUCCUGUGCUCCCUGUGCGGCAUGGAGACGAGAUCCGCCGCUGCCUUGGUGACCCAUAUGCGUCGGCACACCGGCGAAAAGCCCUUCAAGUGCGAUCUCUGCGAGAUGGCCUUUCCGCGGCACUCGGAGCUCGCCUCGCAUCGUAGAAUGCACACCGGCGAGAAGCCAUUCCACUGCACCGUUUGCGGCAAGGAUUUCGCCCGCUCCGACAAGCUCAAGCGCCACAUGCUCACCCACAGCGGCUUGAAGCCGCACAAGUGCACCUACUGCGAGAAGAGCUACCGGCAGGCGAAGGAUUUGAAGCUCCACCUGCAGCAGCACACCGGCGAGUGCCCCUUCGUGUGCGGCACCUGCGGCGAGCGCUUCAUCCAGAGCAGCACGCUGGAGAAGCACCGGCUGAUGCGGCGCCACUUUGACGAGGUGGAGGCGUGGCUGAGGCGACAGAAAUAGGGGGUUCUUGCAAUAAAUAACGUGUGUGGUGUAGUAUAAAAGGAAUGGC